GCUCGAAGCUGACUUAGCUACUAACCUCACUGGGGCGUGGGCAAUCUCGAAGGGUGAGUCACUUUCUAUAACGAAGUCGAAUGAGCUAAUAAUAUUUCUACCUACUUUGAAUUGUUAUAUCCC